AUGUGGAGAAAUCUGCUGGCAUGGAAAAAGGCUGGUACUGUGAAGGCAUUCUUCUUCUUCUUCACCUUGCUGUGUGCCUGGUAUUCCGGCUAUCUGCUCGCAGAGCUAAUCCCAGAGGCACCACUUUCCAGUGCCAUCUACAGUAUCCGGAGCAUUGGUGAGAAGCCCAUUCUCAAAGCCCCAGCUCCCAAAAGACAGAAAUGUGACCACUGGACUCCAUGUCCUCCCAAAACCUAUGCCUAUCAGUUACUCAGCGGGGGUGGCAGGGAGAAGUAUGCCAAAAUCUGCUUUGAGGAUGAGCUGGUCAUUGGAGAGAAGACAAAAUAUGUCGCAAGAGGAAUAAAUAUUGCCAUUGUCAACUAUGUAACAGGAAAGGUGAUAGAAACACGUUUUUUCGAUAUGUAUGAAGGUGAUAACUCUGGACUGUUGACAAAGUUUAUUCAGAGUGCACCUCAGAAAUCCCUGCUCCUCAUGGUGACCCACGAUGAUGGAAGCAGGAGGCUGAAGGAUGAUGCCAAGAAUGCCAUCGAAGCACUUGGAAGUAAAGAAAUCCGCAACAUGAAAUUCAGGUCAAGCUGGGUAUUUCUUGCAGCAAAAGGCAUUGAACUUCCUACAGGUAUUCAGAGAGAAAAGAUCAACCACUUUGAUAAUAAGAAGAACAGAUAUUCUGGCUGGCCAGCAGAGAUACAGAUAGAAGGCUGUAUACCACAAGAGCUAAGCUAA